AUGCUCUUCACCAACAUCGCAUGGCUCCUCGCCGGCUCGGCCUCUGCCUCGGCCUCAACCUCGAGCUUCAAAUGGCACUGGCUCAACAACCCCGGCGUCGAAGCUGUCUCACCCAUCGGCCGCUCCCUCACCAUCCAAGUGCCCCCAGACACCGACAUCUGGCGUCCCGCCCUCUCCAAGCACAACUUCACCGCGCCCUACCUCUACACCACAGUUGCCGCCGCGCACUUCCAGAGCGUCCAAGUCACCGUCACAGGGCCCUGGAAGACGCUCUACGACCAGGGCGGCCUCGUCGUGACGUUCCCCAACCGCCACAACCCCAACGCCACGCGCUUCAUCAAGGCCGGCAUCGAGUUCAACGACGGCACGCCCGCGCUGGGCGUCGUGGCCACGGACGUGCUCUCCGACUGGAGCCUCAGCCCCAUCACGGAGCGGCAGACGGGCAACGCAAAGGCCACGAUCCUGGUGGAGAGGGACGGCACCGAUGCGUGGGUGUACGUGGUAGAGGGCGAGGGCAAGACGAGGCGCGCGCUGAGACAGGUGACUUGGGCGUUUAACGAAGAUGAUGCCCAGGGUUUGGCCAAGGAGAUUGAAGUCGGCAUCUACGGCGCGAAGCCGACGGAGGAGUCGGGCGAGGGCCACGCCAGGGACAAGAUUGCCGUGUCGUUUUCUGGCUUUUCGCUCAAGACUGUGUAA